CGCCGGCUGCUCGCCAUGCCGGGCCCCUGCGGCCGCCUCUCCCCGCUGCUCCCGGCGCUGCUGCUGCUGUUGCUGACCGGGCGGCCGCCUCCCCUCGCCGCCGCCGCCGCCGCCCCCCGCCCGCAGCAGCAGCGGGCGGCGCUGCCCGGGGGCGCCCCCGCCGCCGCCUCAGGAUCUGUUUUUACCCUAAAAGUUCAAGUCAACGACAUCAUCAGCCAUCAGUACCUGCGCCAAGCGGUGGUAGAAGUGUUUGUCAACUACACCAAGACCAACUCCACCCUGACUGGAAACAAUGGAGCGGUGUUAAUAAGAGUUCCCUACAAACUGGGACUAAGCCUGACCAUUGUGUCCUACAAGGAUGGCUACCUGCUGACACCUCUGCCUUGGAAGACUGCCAGGAUGCCAAUAUACUCGUCCGUGACACUCUCAUUGUUCCCCCAAAAUCAAGCUAAUAUAUGGCUGUUUGAAGAUACUGUCUUAAUUACUGGGAAACUGUCUGAUGCCAAAUCUCAGCCAAGUGUUCAAUUUCCAAAAUUUUUAAUAAAGCUUCCCACAAACCACCACAUUACAAAUGUUACAGCCUAUCUGACAGUGCCAGAGCAAUUUUUGAAAGUGGACAGCUUUCUCUAUACAACAGGAAUUCUCAUAAAUAAAUCAGGUUUUAAAAGCAUGGAAUUAACUCCUCUUGCUGCCAUAUGUGUAAAUGUUCUUUUGACUGGGAAAGAACUGAAAGUCAACGGUCCCAUUCAGAUAACACUUCCUCUCCCCACAACUGCUGUAAAACCAGGAGAUGCUGUGCCUGCAUGGACAUUUGAUAUGAAAACUGAUUUGUUCAGUCAAGAUGGAACUUCUGGAGACCUAGGAAAUUGUUUUGCCUUCUGUAUGUGGUGUUUUAUGCUGGUUUUUACCUGCCUCUCCGUGGCCGAUGGUCUGAGGGACAGAGGGAUUCUGCGUGGCCUGUGCAGUGUUUUUGUCCGUGUCGUUGCAGGCGCUUGGGUGAACCGUGGGCUGGGAAUGGUGAAGGAAGCAGAUGGGCAGCUGCUCUGGACAUACACAGCUCAGCACCUGGGCUACUGGAUAGCGGCUCCACUGCCUGGAACCAGAGAAUCCAUUAUUAGUGCAGUGUCCAAGGACAUAACAGCGUAUCACACGGUGUUCCUUACGGCCAUACUGGGAGGCACUGUCGUCAUUAUCAUCGGAUUUUUUGCUGUUCUGCUCUGUUACUGCAGGGAUAAAUGUCAUCGGACACGAAAGAAGGAAAAAAAUACAACUAGGCUGGAGGUCAUCAAAAGAGACCAGACAACAUCAACAACUCACAUGAAUCACAUCAGUGCUGUCAAAGGCUCUCUGAAGCUGGAGGAUAGCUCCCAGCUGUACACACCGAAGAUCUCCUCGUACAGCCCUCCCAGAAGGGCGUCCGUGGACACAGAAGACGGAAAAUCACGGGACAACUUUAAAAUCUACACCGAGGAUGCUGCUUACCAGUCGUCCUGUCAGACUGGUCAGACAAGAAGUUCAGCCCAUUCACUGGAGCCCAAUGCUGGAGUGAGGCAUCUACAGCAGCAGAAACUCAGUAACAGUGCUAUUUGCCAGGCUCCCAGGGACGUCCCAGACCAAAACAGAUACCUUUCCGUGAAAGAGGAGAUGUACGGGCUUUCCCACAUCCCAGAACAUCUCAUGCACAUUUACAAUCAACCUAUUGCUAUCCUCCAGACCCCUGACCUUUUCCACUCCCCAGAACAACUGCAUCCUGCUAAAUCAGCAACGUUGCCGAGGAAGGGGCCGUUGGUGUACGGCCCCAUGGUGGAGCCCAUGGACCGGGAGGGUUACAUGCAGACACUGCCGAAAAUGCCCGUGCACUCCCACCCCCAGCCCUCUGCCUGCAGGGAUGAGAACAGCGCCCUGGACGGCGAGGAGGGCCUGCCUUCCCAAACCUCCAGCUGGGGCCGCUACACCAACAGCCUGCUGGAGUCUGUCUCUGUUCCCGGCACGCUGAACGAGGCGGUUGUAAUGACUCCGUUUUCGUCUGAACUCCAAGGCAUUUCGGAGCAAACGUUACUGGAGCUCUCCAAAGGAAAGCCAUCUCCGCACCCUCGGGCCUGGUUUGUGUCCUUGGACGGGAAGCCCAUCGCUCAAGUGAGGCAUUCUUUCAUAGAUCUGAAAAAAGGCAGGAAAACAGAGAGCAACGACACCAGUCUGGACUCUGGUGUGGACAUGAAUGAGCAUCAUCCUAGCAGGAAACUGGAGAGAGAGAAAACUUUCAUUAAAAGCAUGCCACAUUCCAAGAUUCUGUACUUGGAAGAUCUGGAUCUGAGCAGCAGUGAAAGCGGGACCACUGUCUGCACUCCGGAGGACCAGGCUGUGAGGCACAUUAUGGAAGGAGGGAAUGGGCCAGUCGUAGAACAGCACGAUGAGGAAGGUCUAAGAAAAAAAUCUGUGUCAGGAAGCCAGGAAUCUGGUAUCCUUUCUGCUAAAAAAAGGGAUAGACCACCUCUCACAAAAAGAGAUAGCAAAACCAAUAUCUGGAAGAAAAGAGAGGAGAGGCCGCUUAUUCCUAUAAAUUAAAACACAACGUGCUUUGUGGUGUUGCUCUCCCUGCUAGUUGUUGACCUCUUGGCUGCUUCUGUAAUUCUGCAGUGUUGGGUUUACAAGGAAAAUGUUGUUUUCUAGUACCAAGAAAAGUUUCAUUUUUGUAACGUCCAGAUUGAGUGGGCAAUUGAUAUUCAAUGUGAAUUGAAAACAGGGAAAUGCUACUGUUAAAUUUUUGCCUCUCCUAAUUUUACUGGCAGGGUGGAGCAGGCCCACAUUUUAAUUAGCCUGUCCUUCUUGGGUGCACCUCUGGGAAUGCGCGGUGAGAGACGUAGGCACAUGCUUUAACCUUUUUGUACCUGUUGCUAAUGCGUUGGUAGCCCAGUUAAAGCCGUUCCUCAGCCUUGCUCCUAAUCCGUGUGACCAUCUGUACAGUGUUUUAUAUGUGAACUUUUCUAGGGCUCUGUUGUUACUUCUUUGUUGAAGUUGCCCGCGAGCUGUGGAGGCUGAAGACUGAAAUGUGCUGGGAGGUGUCCACGCCCAGCACAAAAGGACUGGCUCUGGUGGCGUUUGGAGCUGCAGCCGCUGCCGAUCCCAGGGUCUUGUUUUGGCUCCCUUCUCAGUUCACAUCUGCAUGCUGUUGGGCCAGCUGUGCCCCACAACACAGUCUUGAACCCCUUGCUUAUUUACAAGUGGGAGUUUGGUCCAUGAUGAAAAAGUGCACAAGUUUAGACAAACCAUGCCUUUGUCAGGAAAGUUUGCCAGCAUCGCUUCUUAUUUUAUGUUCAAAUCAAUGGAAGAUCACUGAAGGUUUAUGUGCCUACAUUUUGCCAGCCUGAGCUGCUUUUGUCUAGGUUUGCAGAGGAGACAAACAGGCUUUAAAAGUUGGGGGGGGGGAGGGUUAUGAGCAUGAGAGCAGAUCGCAAAAUUUGGUCUAUAAUGCAAUAUAAAUACUACUUAUGACUCAUCUUAGAGUUAAAUUUACCAAAAGUCAUGAAUGCAUGAAUUGUAACUAAGAGAUGUAUAGAGGAAGGAAAGGCCAUCAGAAUAUUCUUUUAUUUUUAAUGUUCAUCUUGUCAAAGCGACCAUUUCAACUUUGGCUAACAGAAAAGUAGAUGCAUCCCUUAAUGUGCUUCACGUAGCAUGCAGGAUGUAUUUCUGUGGCUUUGAAGCUGUUGCCCUGAUGAAAUAAGUUCCAGCAUUUUGGCUUUGGCAGUUUGAUUAUAAAUCAUCCUAGAAAAGCUUUAUAAGUACUCCCCUUAUGGCUUGGUUAAAGUUCUGCACCAAGACCCAAACACACCAUGCCUUUAUGCGAAUUAUGAGGUGAGAUGUGCUUGGUUGUCUGCCCUGUAGUCCACUCAAGAGUUAGGGAGUAUCCUAUGCAGCUGGGCUUCUGGGAUUAUUUACUCAGGAAAUGUCCAUGUGAAAUAUGUCUGUUAUGUUGGGAUUGUCCAGUGAUCUGGUGUUGUUUCUAGGAAAAUAUGGAAGGUAGCCAGGAUGGUACUAGCAGUGCAUCAGUCCAGCUUCUGGUGUGUAGUUGCUCCAUGAAAGAAACGCUCCUGUUGAGUUCCAAGCAUGAAAAUGUGAAAUAAAUUUGAGUUAGGUGUGAUCAGAUUGGCCUAAAGAAGAUGAUUUAAUUAUACAAUUCAUCUACUUCAGAGGUGAAGAUGGCUUGUCACAUUAGCAUGCCUUUGGUUCUCUCCUUUAGGUAACUGGAAUUCAAUUGUCCUACGCCAAAUACAUUUUCACAAUACCUUUUUUUUUUUUUUUAAUAUGUGGUUUCAUUGGAUUUUGUGUAUGACUCUCUAGCCCCAGAUACUGAUAUUUUUCAUCCUUUGCUUUGUUAUCUACAUUAGUAGGAAUCAAUUUCUGUAUGCACAUUUCUUCUGAAAGCUGCUGUGGCUUUGGAGGUUCAAUAUUGCCCUGUUUGCAUCAGUCCUGGUGGCUCCCUUUCCAAAAAGGGACUAUUAUAUAUUCCACUGUGCAUAACAGAAAAUCCUUGAAAAACUAAGAGUUUUGAGGAGUUAAUAUUAAAUUCAUAUGUCUCCACUUGAAAUUUCAGGGUUUUUUCAAUGCAUUUUUCAUUGUAUCCACCAGAAAGACCUAAUUCCUCAAACUCACUUGUAUCAUUAAUAAAUACAGACUCCUGUAAAAGUCUUGAUUUACGAGUUCAAAGGAAGGAAGUUGGGCACUCCAUUGCUCUUGCUCUGCACCAAGAUAUCUGGUCAUCAAAGAAAAAAGGUGGGAAAUCCAACUCUAAAAUUCUUACAAUUAAGAUUUACAUUCAGUAUUUGCAGAAUGUAGUCUUUGAGUCUUCACGUUCCAGCUGCAUGCUGGAAUUUAUGCACUGGAAAAACCCUUGACUAGAAUUCUAUUGGGGUUUAGAUUGUUAAAAAAAGGAGUUUGAGUACGCUGAGCUCUGAAAUUUUUAAUUCCACAGAUAACCAGACAGUGCAUGUGCAACGUGGAAAAGACAGAAUAUUACAAAGAAAUUUGUAUUUGUGACCAAGCUAAUGCUUUUCUAUAUAUCUGUAUGUGAUUUCGACAUACGAACUUCUAGGAAUCACUGAAAUUACUUUCUAAUUUUUCUUUUUCUUCUGUUGGCUCAUGUGGCACCACGAACAGAGUGUUCAAAUGAAGAACACAAAUGUUGGCAUGAAUUAUGUCUCAGUUCUUCCCAAGGCGCUUCCUGAGCUGCUCAGCUCUUGCACAGGAAGAGCCACAUAGCAGGUGAAUGCAGCUUUAAGUGCAAGGUGUCAGGGAAAUGCAGAACACUCAGGACCAAAUGUGGCCAUAAAUUUAAGGUGAAAGGCAGUUAAUAAACUUCAGGAAUGUUCCUCCCCCCGGUCAUGGUACGUGAUGUUGAGGGGUCUCUUACCAGAAAGAUAUAGUACUAAAUAGAAAAGUUACAAAGCUGACAGCAAAGCUCACGUGGUGAUUGGGGUCAUUAUUAACCAACAGGGAGCUGGAGAUGAUGCACCAACAAUAAUUCAGGAUGUAGGAGCGUUGAGUUGUCUGCUUUGUUUCGUGCAGUGAUUUGUACCAAAGAGGAUGAAGGGAAGGGGCACCAGCCUGAACUCUUGGUGGUGGUUAAGAAGUGGCCCAGGGUCACCACACUGCUGCUCCAGCACUGUGCAGGUGCAGAGCCAGCACACUAAAUCUGUUGUCCAGGACUGCAUAUUAGGAAAAUCCGAAGAUUAAUUAGCCUGCUGAAGUGCCUUUCUCGUUCAUCAGACUUAUUUUAUCAGUGGGACACCUGACUAUCUGAAAAGCACAUUAUGUUGUUUUUUUUUCUGUUAGCCAAAAAAAACCACCUUCAAUUCAUACAAUUAUGUAGCUUUUAUAAUAUUUUAAAAGGCAGAUCUAGUGUUUUUUAUGUUGGAAUACCGACUCCUGCAUGUUGACGAUGAUGAUGAUGGUAAUUGUUGUAAGCCCUAGUUUUUGUAUCUUAUGUUUGAAAAAAAAUUAAAAAAAAAAUAUAUCUUUAGCAAUCUGAACAGUAGUUCUUUUAAAAUACAGUAAUAUCUUUUAAAAAUGCACAGGCAGGAUUUGAUUUAACUUCAUACGUCAAGAGCAAGCGUUUUGAAGUCACUGGACUUACAGGUAUGAAACUGACUGGGAUUUUAACUUCAAAAAAAUGAAAUUAAUAUAUGUUUAUAUAUAAAAACUAUUAUAAUUAUAAAAAUCCUUUUUUUGUUGUUUUUUCCAGCUGCUAACCUUCCUUGCCAGUAGCAGCACAAAGUGUAUGGAGAUGGGUACUUGAGUCUUAUUUUCUAGAACCAAUUUUUAUCUCAAUUUGGGGCCUAACCUGGGUUGUUUAUAGAACCUAAGCUUCUGGUUUUAAAGUAUUUUUUUUUAAGGCAGUAGAAUUAUACAAAACACAGUGCUAUGCCUACAGAGUUAAAAGGAGCAUUCUUUUGUAGUAGUUGGUACUAAUUUGUGCCACACUUCUAACAGUAGGCAGCUACAUUUGUGUGAAAGAAUUUAUAUGAAGGGGGGGGCUUACUGGUUUGAAUCUGAGUUUCAUUUUCUUUUAAGAGCAGUAUUCAUUGUGUUCUGAUUACAAAACAAAAAAACCUUUACUUUUGGGGGGGAUUUUUAUUUUUUUUUUAAGACUGGCAGGGGAAAACUGUGUCAUUAUUUUCCUUGUUAGCACUCUAAGCCUGAAAACUGUUUUACCAAAUGAAAAUGUUUUUCAGUCAGUUCAAGGCUUACUGAGCAUUCCUAUAUCCCUUCUCUCCAGAAUGUCCUGGUACUUUAUUUCCUAGUUAACCGAUUUAGUUCCUUUCGAAGCACUUGUUGCACUUCAGCCCGUGUUAGAACAGUGAUAUUUUUACAUGGUAUUGUGUAGAAAGGCAGUUUUUAGUGCUCAUUUAGAGCAUGGAGCUCAUACAAAGCCUGGCUCUGGAGGGUGCAAGGCAGGUGAAUUGAUGGCACUGACCGUGCUCACCGCCUUGCAUUUUUGGAGCCUUGUGUUCAACAAACACUUCAUUACCUUGGCAAUCAUUUUCAGAACCCCUCUAGUAUGGAUAUUGUUUAUGUAAAACAUUCUUGAUAUUCGGCAUCCUGGUUUUCAGUAUUUCUACCUUUUUAUAUUUUGUCAGAGGUGUCUUUUCAUCUCUGUAUUUAAUUCAGUAUCAGUGUAUCUGUUGCUGAAAAUGUAACUAAGAUUUGUAAAAUGUUAUACCUUAUGCAAUACAAUAAAAGUUUUGAAAAGUUA